AUGGCCGAAGCGAACACCUCCUCUGUGACAGAGUUCAUCCUCGCAGGCUUAACAGAUCAGCCAGAACUCCAGAUCCCCCUCUUCUUCCUGUUUCUGUGUUUCUACAUGGUCACCGUAGUGGGCAACCUGGGCUUGAUAACCUUGAUUGGACUGAAUUCUCACCUUCAUAUUCCCAUGUACUUUUUCCUCUUCAACUUGUCCUUCAUAGAUUUUAGUUUCUCUACUGCCAUCGUCCCUAAAAUGCUGACAAGUUUCAUCUCAGAGAAGAACUUCAUUUCCUAUGCAGGGUGUAUGACUCAGCUCUUUUUCUUCUGUUUCUUUGUCUUUUCUGAAUCCUUCAUCCUGUCCGCAAUGGCAUAUGACCGUUAUGUCGCCAUCUGUAAGCCACUGGUGUACACGGUCACCAUGUCUCCUCAGAUACUUCUCCUAGGAGAGCACCUGAGGGACGCGUCUUUGGGUUCCAGCCAGACCUUGAUAUGUAUAUACAUGUAAAAGAAGCCCCCCUUUAAAUAUCAUGCU